CUUUCUCUCUCCCUGAGACCCCGACUCCCCUGCGGUGCUCCCCUCCACGCCGCGGGAGCCCGCGAUGAUCCAGCUGCUGUUCACGGUGCUCACGGCGGAGGCCGCCGUGGCGGUCGCGCUGCUCUUCAAGACGCCGCUGCGGAAACUGGCGAUGCUCGGGCUGGACAGCCUCAAGCGCGGCCGCGGGCCCGUCAUGGUGCGCACCGUGGCCGCCACCGUCCUCGUCGUCCUCGCCUCUAGCCUCCACGGCAUGGCCAAGAUCCGCGGCCGCGCCGCCGGCGAUCUUGACGGCGCCGGCGCGGGGGUACUCACCCCAACCGAUCAGGUCCUCCUCGCCCGCCACCUCCUCGAGGCGUCGCUCAUGGGAUACUCCUUAUUCCUUGCUCUAGUCAUUGACCGCCUCCAUAACUAUAUCAGAGAAAUACGAGGGCUCAAGAGAAAUCUGGAGGCUGUGUCAAAGCAGAACAAGUCAUUUGAGGAAGCAAAGGUUCUUGAAAGCUCUGAUGAGAGCAAACCAUACCAGAAAGAUAUUGCUUCACUGAAUGAGGAGAUUAAGAAGCUGAAGCGUCAGCUAAAAGAGAAGUCCAACGAGGCCAAGGAUGCAGAGGCUAAAGCCCAAGCUGCCCAGAAGCAGUCUGAAGGUCUAAUGCUUGAAUAUAACCGUCUAGUGGAGGACAACAAGAAUCUGCAUGACCAGCUGCAGUAGCAGAUCUUUUGUCACGUUCUGAUGGCAAGAACAAUACUUGAGGAUGACAUGAUCUCAAGGUAAGCUACUUUGUCAACAGUAAGGAAUGGAAUUGAUGAUAUUCAAGCUUACCCCAUCGAAUGGUCCACAAUGUAGAAGUUUCUGGAUUUCUGAAGUCUGCUGAUAUUUGAUGGUCAAGUACUCAAGUUGGUUACUGAUAAACUCUCAUACAAGUAGUGACAUCUUUAAUCGAUUGUUCUUAUAUGACAUACCAGAUCUUCGAAUAACUACUGAACCUCCUGUGAACGUACCCAUAGAUUGAUAGAUGCCCAUCUGUAAAGAUCUCCAAAAAGGGAAACGUGUCCUGUAGAUAUCUAAAAAAUGUUAUUCGGAUGAUAACGUAAAUUGCUAAUGAGAAACAGAAUGAGCUGCUGACCAAUUAACUCUGGUAGUCGUUUCAUGCUUGUGCCAAACAUACAGAAAUAUCUAGACAGUAAAAACAUAUAGAUGGCCUGUGAGGUUCUCUUGAUUUCGUUUCAAUUGCAGACUGAAAUGAUUUAUCCACACAUUGUUUUUUCAUGUACUCUCUCCAUAUUCUAAGAGAUGUUGUUGAACUUUCAGUACA